UCAAAACCCUAGAGAAAGAGAGUGAGUCUCGAUGGCGCUUUCAUUCCCCUGUUUCACCAAAUCAAUACCUGAAUCUUCGAUCAGACGGACUUCCUUUGUUCAAUGCAAUGCAGCUCCAGUGUCUAUGGGUGGACGAGAGGACACGCCUAGCUUGGACUGAAGAUCAAGAAAAUGUCCAUGGAGUAAUGGUUUGGUGAAGAUGUCAGCCAGCUGGUCUGAUGAAGAGACAUACUGAGAUUCACGGGCAUAUACAAAGCACUGAGAUUGUCACAAAAAAGUGUAGUUGGAGAGAAAUGGCAAUGUCUCGAACUAAGAAGGUUGCCCACUGUUUCCCUUCAUCAUUAGAUUGCCAUUUUGUGCUCCAAAGUCGUGCUGCCAACUAUUGUAGCAGGUUCCAUGGCCUGAAAAUUUGGAUGCUUAAGAAGCUCAAUCUUCAGAUGUCCAUCAAAAGGAAACGUGGCCAGGGGAAGAAGUCCACGUGGCUAGAAAUUCAAGGAAAAGAUCAAUGCUCAGAUCAUUUGGAAAUGCCAUUUUCACUUGAAGGGAAAACUUCUGAGGAUACAUAUGAGACCAGGAUAAUGAUGGAGUCAGUUGAAGAAACAUCAGUUCCAAAUACUCAAAUUGCAGAAAGCUCCCUCCCUAGUCAUCAUCCUGCCCUUUCUAGUGAUCCUUCUUUUCCCAUGGGAUCUCCACCAUCUUUGCAAGAAAUAAGUUCCUAUAAUUCUGAAAAUCAGAGUGGUAGAGUACCAUCCCUUUGCAUUGCAGUAAUUGGGGCAACUGGUGAGCUCGCUAGACACAAGGUUUUCCCAGCAUUAUUUGCACUGUAUUACAAUGGAUUUCUUCCCGAGAAUGUUGGUAUAUUUGGGUAUUCAAGAAAGGACAUAACAGACGAAGAUCUGCGAUCCAUAAUUGCAGGGACUUUGACAUGCCGAGUUGAUCAUCAAGAAAAUUGCGGGGAUAAGUUGGAUGCUUUCCUCAAUAGAACAUACUAUCUUAAUGGAGAAUGUGACAACAAAGAGGGAAUGGCAAAGCUCAAUGCGCGAAUGGAACAGAUUGAGGGAAAUUCUGAAGCAAACAGGAUAUUUUACCUUUCCGUGCCACAAGAAGCACUUUUGGAUGUUGCAUCAUCUAUUGCUGAUAAUGCCCAAACCCAGAGAGGCUGGAACCGCAUAAUAAUAGAAAAACCAUUUGGGUUUGAUGCAAUAUCUUCUUUUCAGUUGACACAAUCUCUUCUGUCCAAAUUCAAAGAGAAUCAAAUCUAUAGGAUUGAUCAUCUUUUGGGGAAGGAUCUGAUUGAAAAUCUCACUGUUUUGAGAUUCUCUAAUCUGGUUUUCGAGCCCUUAUGGAGUCGAACGCACAUACGCAAUGUCCAGGUCAUCUUAUCUGAAGAACAGGGUAUUGAAACACGACGGAGAUAUUUUGAUGGUUAUGGGAUCAUCCGAGACGUAGUCCAUAGCCAUAUUCUCCAGACAAUUGCACUGUUUGCUAUGGAGCCGCCCGUGAGCCUUGAUGGCGAAGAUAUUCGAAACGAAAAGGUCAAGGUUCUUAGAUCAAUUAGGAGAUUGGAGCUCGAUGACAUCGUCCUCGGACAGUAUAAAGCUCAUUCUACGGACAACAGUGAUAUUUACUUGGAUACCCUGACGCCAACAUUCCUUGCUUCCGCUCUGUAUAUCGACAAUGCGCGUUGGGAUGGGGUGCCCUUCUUGAUAAAAGCUGGCAUCGGGCUCAUCAAACACAGGGUUGAGAUACGUAUCCAAUUUCACCAUGUUCCAGGAAAUCUCUACCGUGAACGUAUUGGGCACAAUAUCGAUCUUGCUACCAAUGAGCUGAUUUUACGUGGGGCCCCAGAUGAAGCUAUUCUCGUGAAAGUCAACAACAAGGUCCCUGGUUUAGGCCUACAAUUGGAUGCUUCAGAACUCAAUCUUCUUUAUAAGGAAAAGUAUAACGUCGAAAUACCAGAUUCAUAUGAGCAUCUUCUUUUGGAUGUCAUUGAUGGAGACAACCAUCUCUUUAUGCGGAGCGACGAAGUGGCUGCUGCAUGGAAUAUACUAACCCCUGUUCUUCGGGAGAUGGACGAGAAGAAAAUAGCACCAGAGCUCUAUCAGUUUGGAGGCAGAGGCCCUGUUGGUGCAUACUAUCUGGGGGCAAAACAUGGUGUCAGAUGGGCAGAUGACUAACAUGACUUCCUUGCCGACAUGUUUGGAGAAUUGCAAUAAACAUGGAAUCUGAAAGCAUGCCACCUGAAUGAUUUCAUGACAUGCCGACCUGGAUCUUUGUUCCUUGGUGAGAUUUACUAAUGAAUGCUGCAGAGGGGGAAAAAAAAAAGAGGAUAGCUGAUUCCUGUAAUCUGCGAAAGAAAUUCAGUAGUGGGGAGAGCUUGAGCUAUUGUUGUUUUGUUGUACUCUACAGUUACCCCAUUUGAUUCAACUAUUCAAACUGCCAUGCGAAAUGGGCUUAUACACGAGGCCUAUGUUGUAUUUUGAAGUUUUUAUUUGAACUCCUCGUCCUCAUCUAAACAAAGUUUAAAGAUUUACAUCUCAACUAGAAGAACUCAAAACAAACAGAGAGUGCAACAUCUCUUUCAUACAUAUCAAAGGUUGAUGUAAUCUCUGAAGUC